AAGUAACGCGUGAUUCAUCACGAGACGUUCCCACGACUGCUGUGAUUUUUUUUUCUUUUUAUUGUUAAUUACCAGUGUUGAUAUCUACCUGUUUGCGCUCAACUCAGUUGUUAUUUUAAAAUUUUAAAAGUGAUAUUUAAAUUUUUAAAUAUUUAUUACCUGCAAAUAAAUAUACUGAUGUAUAUUUAUAUAUAUUUAUGAAUACUUGACAGUAUUAUUUUAUUUAUGACGUAUAUUUUAUUGUAAUUAAUAAUAUUUAAAUUUUUAAAUAUUUAUAAUAAAUAUAUAAUAUAUAUAAACGUAAAAUGUGUCAAAGCGGACAGUAUGGCGACGUGUGUUCAUUGAUGAUACGUCAGAUUUAAAACGUAAUUCGCGGGUAAAUUUAAAACGGCAAUGAAAACGUCGGAGACAAGGGAUUAAAAAUAUAUUUAAAUACGUAUAUAUACAUGCAUAUAUAUAUUUGUAUAUAUAAUAUAUAUUAAAUAAAUAAACGGGUAAAUAAUAGAAUGGUAAGCUCUCACUUCUCAACGGAACCGUAUUCAGUUUCGAGUGCCUACGAGAGAAACGAAGAAAACGUCAGUGGUAGUCAAGUACCAUCGACAUCAACAAUUAUUUCAAAUACUAGUGACACUAGAUCCGUAGACAACAAUAGGAAUGAUACAGGAGACAGUAAUUCGUCAGCAACACUCCUUAAAACGCCUGUGCAGGUCAACAAUAUUGACAUCACGACGUUGACAGGAUGCAUCAGAAGUCAAAGUGGUCCACCAUCACUUUCGAUAUCGUUAGACGAUCAGGAUUUGAGGAGCACGUCGUCAUCGUCAACAAAAACUCGUUCAGUAAAUUCACCAAACAUUACGACUGGUUCAUAUAAUUUUAAACAAACUUCGGAGUAUGGUGAGGAAAGUUACGAAGGUUUUGGUUAUGGCCGUGAUGUUGAACUUGAUGUUGAAGUAGAAUCUCCUGGUGGCGGUAAUAGUUCGGCUCCAUCUCCUACCACUGGCCUUCAUUCUCUAGGAAAAACUAGUACAGCCAGUCCUUGUUCAACGCUUGGUAGACACACGUGGCUGCGGACUUCCUUGAAACGGACUCCACCCGGUGCGAGACCGACAAGGCAACUGGGAUCCAAUGCACUAGCGAGUCAGCUUUAUAGAAGUGGAAGUUUUAAUAGUUCAGGUAGAGGUUCAACCUGUGACGCUACCGACGAUAUGUACAGUGACGUUUCUUUGGAGGACGACGUUAUAGAUCUCAAUCACCGAGUAAAAUUAAUACAAGAACGAAUGGACGCACUUGCAGAUACUCAGUCAGUUAGCGGGGAACGUUACGCGAGAGUUAAGCAAGAGAAUGCAACAUUGCAAGCGAGAAUUAUAAUGCUAGAAGAAGCAGCUAAAGAUGCUGAGGCUAGAGCUGAAGAAAAAUUACAGAGUGAACAGCGACGACAUCGUGAAUGGGUGGGUCGUUUGGAACGAGAAAAAGAAUUGCAGCUGGAAAAUUACGCUAUGAAAGUUCAAGCGAUCGAAGUUGAGUGUUCGGGUUUAAGAGAACAAGUAGCACGACUACGCGAGCAACUAGACAGUGCUAAGGAAGAGCGUUUAAGAUUAGAAAAUUUAUUGGAUGACGCUAACUCUGCCACGAAUAGCGCACGUGAAGCGGAGAGACAGGCUGUGCUACGUGCCAAUGAAACACGUGUUCUUCUUGAUGCUGCCAAAGAAGAGUUGGCUAAUCGAGCUAAAGAUCGUCAGAGAAUUGAAGAUCUGCUGCUUGAAGUUGCAAGACUUGGGGCAACUAACAAAAGUUUACAGGAAUCACAGGAUGAGCUACAGGCUGCGAUAGCAGUCCAUGCAGGACGUGAACUUUUGAUGUUGAAUUCUAAUAGUUUGUAUGAUGACUUUGAUAAAAAUCCUCAAAGUUUAGCUGCUGAGCUGUCAGCUAAUCAAAAUCAAGACCAGUUGGAUGGUCACGAAAAUGGUAACAUUGCCGAAGAUAAACCCCGCACAAAGGCCGAAGUAUUACAAGCUUUGAAAGAGCAGAAAGAAGUGAAUGCACAAUUACGGUCAUACAUUGAUGGCAUAUUAUUAAAUAUUGUUGAAAACAAUCCACAAUUACUGGAAGUUAAGAAGCAGCAUUGACUUAAUUUAUAAUAGUGAUAAAAUUAAUUUUUUUUUCUUAGGAAAUUAUACUAUUGAAAUAGACGUAAUUUGUUAUUAGAUUUUUUUAAGUAUAUAAUUAAGUAAAAAUAAAUAAAAAAAUAUCAAUCCGUCCGUGCAUUGAAUAACGUAAUGUUAUUUAUAUAAUUAAUGCAAUAAUAAUGAUAUUAAUUAUAGAAUAUGUUUAAAGAUAAUUGAUCGUGUCUCAAAUUUUGAGUUUCAUUUUAUUUUGUUUACGUAAUUUAAAUUUAUUAUUUGACCUCUGCACACGGUGUUGGUAAAUUUUUUACUUGUUAUUUAUUUAAAUUAUGAUGCUGAAAAUUGCAGACUUGAGAAUUUUAUUAUUCUUAAAAAAAAAAAUACUGAUUAUUAAUAAAUUUAUUAAAGGUCCGUAUAUUAAUUUCAAAUUUUAUUAUUUUGUUUUUUAUUUUAUUUAUUUAAGGCCAUUCUCAGUCAGUGCCCCUGCUCCCACUUUUUAAAAAUUUUCAAUGACCCAACUGUCAUAAGCGUAUCAAAUUUUUAUCAAUUAAUUAAAAAAAAAUUAAAGCGUUAAGGAAAAAACGGGUCUGAGAUACAAAAAAAGGAGCAGAUUUUUGUAAUUUUUUUCAGAGUCCCUUUGUUUCUAAAAUUCUUAAAAUUUGUGACCUUAUUCAGCGACAUUCCAAGAAUAUUCUGAUAAAUUUUCAAAAAAAAAUAUUGAAAAAUAAGCCAGUGGUAGAGGGGAGAGACGAGUCACUAAAAAAAGUCUCCAUAGACAAGAUAACUCAUGACUGCCUCAUCUGGAAUCAAAAAACCAAAAAGAUUUCUUUAGUACAUAAGUUUAUUUUGGAUUUGAACGAAGGAAUAAACAAAAUAGUCAUUUUUGAAUUUUUGGUAAAGGUGCAGUCAAAAAACUCUGAUUUUUCCCAAAAAUUCUUCUUUUUGUUUAUUUAAAAAAUAAGUAGUUAUUGAAAAAAAAAUCCUGCGUUCAAAUCUAAGAUAAAAUUAUGUACUAAAGAAAUUUUUUUGGUUUUUUGAUUUCAGAUGCAGUCAUGAGUUAUCCUGCCCAUGGAGACUUUUUUUAAAGUGACUCGUCUCUCCCCACUACCACUGGCUUAUUUUUCAAUAUUUUUUUAUUAAAAUUUUACAGAAUAUUCUUGGAAUGAUGCUCAAUAAUGUCACAAAUUUUGAGAAUUUUAAUAACGAAGGUACUCUGAAAAAAAAAUCACAAAAACAUACUCUUUUUUUUUGCAU